ACCCACAGGGGCUGCUCUACAUCUCCAGUCCCAAGUAGCGGGGAGACCAGCAGCCCCUGAGCCCCAGGACAACCAGCUGAGUCUGUUCUCACAGGAGCCAUGGCGCAGAGACUGGGAAGCAUGGUUCCAACACAGCAGGAUUCCUGGCUUUGUCUCCUUCUGCUGCUGGGGCUCUUGGGAAUGGUGAUCUCAUUCCAUGUCCCACGAGGGUUAACCGGGGCUCAGUGGUUUGCAAUUCAGCACAUAAAUAUGACACACGACCGAUGCGAUGAUGCAAUGAGAGUGGUUAAUUGGUAUAGGAAUAGAUGCAAAGAUGAGAACACAUUCCUCAACACGACGUUUGCUUUUGUAGCUAAUGUUUGUAGGACUGCAAAUGUAUCCUGCUCUAAUGGCUUAACGAAUUGUCAUAAUAGCCCAGUUCGGGUAAAUAUAACAUACUGCAACCUCACAGCACCGGCACCACAAUAUACAAAAUGUAGAUAUGUACAGACACAGGCACAGAUGUACUUCAGAGUUGCCUGUAACAACAGUUCACCAGGGGACAAUGGCACCUAUCCAGUGGUUCCAGUUCACUUGGAUGCGAUCUUCUAACCUCUGGGUCAGCGCUUUGUGCCAAGCUCAUCUGCCAAGCCACACAGUCACAGCCACGGUCCCAUGCCACCAUCCACCCCGGAUAUCAGCAUCAGUCAUCAUCGCGCCAGCCCUCGACCCCCUCUAAGCUUUGCUGAGCUGAAGCUCCUUGUUCUUCUUGCAAUAAACUUCCUUACAAA